AAGCAUUCGCGCAUUCACUAUAAACAGUUCCGAAAAGUAUCUCAAAAUAAGCACAAGCACACGAAUUUUAUAAUCAAAUAGAGUGUUUCAUAUAAUAAUUGAAUAAAAAUGCUUAACUUAUUUAAAAAUUUUUUAAUCAUUGUAUUAACAAUUAUAAAUAUAACAAAUGCCGCUCAAUAUUUAAGUGAUAAACCUGACUUCUUGAAACCCUGCAAUUAUGAGGAUAAAAGUUUUAGCAAGUGUUUUGCAAAUAAUUUUCAAGUAUUAUUCAAAGACUGGAAAGAUGGCGUUCCUGGUCUGAAAACAGUUGGAAAACUAGAUCCCAUCAUAGUGAAACGUAUAAAGAUUGUACAAGAUCCAAGCAGUGGAAUUGCACUAAAUGCUAUUUUAGAUAACGUGGAAAUAAGAGGAGCCAGCGAUGCUAUAGUGGAGGAAGCUGUUAUGGAUAUGCAAAAAUUGACUGUUGAUGUAAAGUUCACAAUACCAAAGAUCCGUUUUAACUCGAACUAUAAAGGCAAAGGUAACAUUUUGUCGCUUAAUUUUAAUGGCAAUGGUAAAGCGUUUUUCGAAGCUGAAAACUUGUCUAUGGGCAUACAUAUUACAAUGAAAUUACAUGAUAUUGAUGAUUUCACUUUUACCGAUAUAGAAACACUUACUGUAAAUAAUGACAAGGUUGGUGAUUUCAAAAUACAUCUUGAUAAUUUAUUCAAUGGACAAAAGGAUUUAGAGGAAACAGCGAAUUUACUUUUCAAUGAAAACUUUAGAGAAAUCUAUCGCAUUAUGCGUCCUGUUAUAUUACAAACUGUGGAAGCAAUUCUUAAGGACCGUCUUAAAAAGGUCUUUAACUAUGUACCAUCAAACUUUUUCAUAGCAAAUUUCCCUAAAGCUAAAGAUGUUAAGCAAUAGAGAACUAACUAUUCGAAAACAAGUUAUUUUCUCAGUAUAAACUGUUUUUAUUACGAUGUUAUAUAUACAUAUAUAAUUAUCUCUGGUCAUUGUAUUUGCUACUAUAACUAUCCUAGUUUUAUA